GCUUGACUCAGUUCACUCCGAUCCAAGCAACUGCUCAGGUCAGUUACCGCCAUUCAGUCGCGGUAUUAAACGGCGUCGAGAUUGUGUUAUGUGCUAUCCACUUUAAAUUGCCGCGUUUUUAUUGUUCAAUUACCAUGGUGAAAAUUUAUUUUUCUUAUGAGACUAUUUGUUAAUUAUUUUUAAAAUUUUAAUUAUUAUUUUUUAAUCCCGUAACAAGUUUUAUCAACUACAAUCACGAUGUUGCAAUACUAAGUGUAAAAUAAUUCGUGCAUUGAAUACAAAUGUAUAUAAAUUUUAAAUGAAUUUAAACAGUGAACAAUUUGAAAAAAUGAACGGCGUGAGUAGAGUAAAUUAAAGAUAGUCAAAAGUACGCAUAAGCAGCAACAGUAAAAGGAAGAGAAAGAACACGUUAAAUAUAAAAUAGAAGAAUAAAGAAGAGAAGAAAAACUUCACGAUGGUCGUCGAAUGGUUAUGUCCUGGAAUGAGGCCCACUGGUAGUCGUAGGCCUCGGAUUCUUCACUGCAAGGUCAUCCUCCUUGACGAGCACGAGUUACUGCAAGACGUACUGGGUUCAAAUUUGGGACAAGAAUUGUUGGAUCGUGUUUUCCGUCAUUUAAAUCUUUUGGAGACAGCUUACUUCGGAUUACGGUACUUAGAUCACGAAAAUCAAAUGCAGUGGUUAGAUCCAAGUAAAAAGAUUGGCAAGCAAUUGAAGAUUCGUAAAAAUGAUACGACACAAGAUACUCAUACGCUUUAUUUUGGUGUUAAAUUUUAUGCCGCUGAUCCUUGCAAGCUUCUUGAGGAAAUUACAAGGUACCAAUUCUUCCUACAAGUCAAACAGGAUAUUUUCCAGGGCAGGUUACCAGUGUCAUUUGAUCUUGCUGCUGAAUUAGGUGCUUAUGUAGUGCAAUCGGAACUCGGCGAUUAUGAUCCUAGACGGCAUUCUCCUGGUUACGUUACCGAGUUUCGAUUUCUAACUAAUCAAACAUCUGAACUGGAAGCAAGGAUAGUCGAGCUUCAUAAAACUCUAAUUGGUCAAUUACCAUCAACGGCAGAGCUUAAUUAUUUAGAUAAAGUAAAGUGGCUUGAAAUGUAUGGAGUUGAUCUCCAUCCGGUGUUAUUUGAGGGUGACGACAACGUCGAGUACUAUUUGGGCUUAACUCCAAGUGGAAUAAUUUUACUACGAAAUAAAACCAAAGUAGGCAACUACUAUUGGCCGCGUAUCAAUAAAAUAUAUUAUAAAGGCAGAUACUUUAUGCUUCGUGUCAGCGAAAAAAAUUCCGAAGAGCGAACGCAUGGGUUUGAAACUCCUUCAAAAGGUGCUUGUCGACAUCUUUGGAAGUGUUGCCAAGAGCAUCAAGCAUUCUUCCGAUUAAUGGCAACCGGACCACCGCCAAUGAGUCCGUACUCUCGUUUUCGAUCUUACAGUCCCACUUCAGAAAAACAUCAGCAAAGUUCUAUUCGUCGGAUACCACAGCCAGCUUUCCAACGUGUCCCAAGCCGUCGAGCUCAGCGUAGAAUUGUCGAGGGCCAAGAGACAGUAGGGCCAUUUGUUGAAACUCCUGCUGCCGAUCGGAUAAUCGAUAGCCGAUCUGUUAAUUUAGGAAAUUCUAAUACCUCCAGACAUGUAAAUAAUUCCAGUCCUAGAAGUAUUCGAAGCGCACCGUGGACUCAGAGUCAAUCUCGUGGGUUUUAUUCAUCAUCCAGUCCUCGCUCUAUACGUUCUGCGGGUACAGCUCCUGGGUUAUUUAAUAGACUUCAUAGAAGAAGUAGUUCUGUAGAAAGUCAAAGCUCCGGUGACAGCCACAGCCGCAGUGGGCAUCGUAGACGAAGUCAUAGUCAUAGUCACAGUCAUCGUAGGCACAGCCGGCAUUCCGACUGUGAGUCUGAACUUUCUAGAGGUUCCGACAGUAGAUCUGGUCAUCGUAAGCAUCGACGAAAGCACCGAAGCUCUCGUAAUUCACGGCAUGAAUUAGUAGAUUCUGAGCCACAAUGGAGAGAAGCGCAAAAACGAAAAGCUGAAGGAGUUCAAAGAGCAGUGGUGAGUCAUACAGAGCCAAGAAGAAAACAUAGAAGCAGACAUAGAAGUCCAUCUCAGAAAUUGCCUCACGAGCUUAGAAAGCAUUUAGAAUAUAAUCUUAUUGAUACGUCAAGAAUGACUGAAGAACAACGACGAGAAAUCACUUACACUGUUGUUAAAUCACAAGCUACUCCUCAAAGUCUUUCACAUUUAAGUAAUUUACAUUUAGACAUUGAUACAACAGUCUCAACUAGAACAAUUGGAACAUUUGACAAGAGGGAUAGACAAAUUCGUCAAAAACGCGAAGCAAAUUACGAGAUUUUAUCGACAAGAUCCAGUGGACUUGAAUCAAAGUAUUCGACAACUAGAAAUCAUUAUAAUGAAAAAAAAGAUUAUAAUUCGACUUCACGUAGUAGCAAAAUAUUAAUUGGCAGUAAUGUUGAUAGUGGAUUGGGUGAGAGUACCACUCAGGAUUUAUCAAGUUGCUGUUCAAGUUCUGCCGAUAGUACUAGAAUAACUCGUAUGACGCAAGCACAAUUAGCAAGAAAAGGAAUUUAUGAUUUAUCACCAAAUCCAGAAAUUUCACCUCCUAUUGAUGUUACUUUAGAUGCAGUUCUACAACCCAUAAUAUCAACAUUAACCCGCAAACCUAAGAAUUUACCCAAAUCAUAAUUGGAUCUAAUGAUCGUGUAUCGAAUGAUGUAUUGAUAACUAUUGUUUAUUCAACUUCUUUGUACAUGUUCAUUCAUUUUAUAUACUUAAAUAAAUCAAUAAAAAAAAAAUAUUAGAAUCCUACUAGUCAUAGGAUCAAUAAAAAAAUAAUUUUUUA